GCCAGCAUGAGAGAGACAGGCAGCUUCUGGCCUAGGACGAGGACGGAGGUGGCCUUUUCCCCGAGAGGCCGGAGCAGGAGAUGCUGCCCAGCCUGCAUGCCUGCGAAAAGGAGGACAGUGACGAAGUCCACCUGGAGGUGUUGAGUCUGAGCAAGGAGGGGCCAGACCCAGAGGACACUGUCCAGGACAACCUGGGGGCCACAGGGGCUGAGGAGGAACAGGAGGAGCACCAGAAAUAUCAGCAGCCCAGGACACCCAGCCCCUUGGUCUUGGAGGGGACCAUCGAACAGAGCUCGCCUCCCCUGAGCCCUCCCAUCAAACUCAUCGACAGGACCGAGUCCCUAAACUGCUCCAUAGAGAAGAGUAACAGUGUGAAGAAAUCCCAGCCAGACUUGCCCAUAUCCAAGAUUGACCACUGGCUGGAACAAUACACCCAGGCCAUCGAGACCGCUGGCCGGACCCCCAAGCUAGCCCACCAGGCCUCCAUAGAGCUGCCCAGCAUGGCCGUGGCCAGUACCAAGAGUCGGUGGGAGACAGGUGAGGUACAGGCUCAGUCUGCGGCCAAGACUCCGUCCUGCAAGGAUAUUGUGGCUGGAGACAUGACCAAGAAAAGCCUCUGGGAGCAGAAGGGAGGCUCCAAGACCUCAUCAACAAUUAAGGCCCAGAUUGCCUUCCUACAGGGAGAAAGGAAGGGCCAAGAAAAUUUGAAGAAGGAUCUUGUGAGGAGGAUCAAAAUGUUGGAGUAUGCUCUUAAACAGGAAAGAGUCUCGCUCUGUCGUGAACAGAAGGUAGUUCAGUUUCUCCAGAUUACCAUAGAAGACAGCUCUGUGGAUCCUCCUCAGAUGAGACGAUUUAAUGUGCCUGGGAACGCUCCAGCCGUAUUUCAGCUAGCCUUCAGGGAUCGCCGCCUCCGAAACAACAAGCCAUGCAGUCUGUCUAGGGACCUUCGCACAGACUCUCAGCACCUCCUGCCUCUCAGCAGAAACGCCCAACAGAACCAUUAG